AUGUCAAGAAAAAACAAGCACAGACAAAACCCCAUAAAUGAAGAAUUAGAGGCCCCGAAACUCCCUGCAAAUUUUGUAGACCAGGUUGUCAAUUUAGAAAGCGAGCUUGAAAGAAACUGCACUGCUGAAAAGGUCUCGAGGCUAAUAGAACUAUACUCAGUAUGGUUAAUGUAGGCUGCUGUGGAAUAUUUUGGGUCAAUAAGAGAUAAUAGGUAUAUACAUUAUAAAGAAAGGCUGCAAAGAUUAUUAGCAAGGGAUGACUUUAUUUCUGCUGUUAAUGGAAAUGCGACAGUGAAGUUAGAGAAUGCAAGUACAAAUGCAAUUGGAAAUAACUCAUUAGAAAAAAGUUCUAGUGUAAGAUCUAAAUCAAUCGAUGUUAGAGCAAGAAAAGCACCUGAAAAAGAAAUAAAGAAGGAUGCAGAUCAGGCUAUUAAAGAGCAUCUAAGUAGUAGCUCAACUACAAGUUUCAAAAUUUGUGAAAUGCUAAGACAUCAAGAAGGUGAUAGCUUAGAACAAAGGCUAAAAGCAAGAAAAAGAAUGGGAAGUCCUCAAGCAACCUUAGGAGGAAGAAUGAGAUCGCAGACUGUAGAAAAUUUGAUGAAAAUAUCAUCGGAAACAAAGUUUGAAAAAUAUCAAGAGGAAAUUGAGAAAAUCAUGGAGAAAUAUGUGGAUGAAAAAAUUAGCAGAAUUCAAACAAUUAAAAACAAAUACCGAGAAGAAAUCAAUGAAGUCAAUAUGAUGGGAAAUAAUGGUAAGUUUUAUCUAGAUACAAUAUCAAUGGUUUUAAACCAAUUAGAUAGGGACAUGCAAAGAGAAAUAGAUGAAGUUACUAAAUCCCCCCUAACUCCCCCCCCCCCCCUCCGUGAGCGAACAAAACCAUUAGAAAAAUCGCCAUUUUUUGACCAAAAACCCACCCUCCGUGAGUGAACAAAAAUAUUUUUUAAUAGAAAAAAUUUUAAUGGAAAAAAAUUUUGAUAUAUAAGUGAUAAUUAGUAUAAUGAAAUCUAGAGCUAAUUCUGUUUAAUUUUAAACAAAUUGCGUUUUAAAAACAUAAAUUUUGCAAAUUAAAUUAAUAUUUGCUUCCCAAUUUUUGCAAAUUAGGAUUUUUUUUAAAUUUCGAAAAAAAUAUUUUUUUUAUAAAAUUUAUAUAUAAAUUUUUUUUUAAAAAAAAAAAUUAACCCCCCUCCGUGAGCGAACAAAAUUUUUUUGUUCGCUCACGGAGGGGGGGGGGGGAGUAGUAAGCAAUUUUGUUCGCUCUCUGAGUGGUUUUUUUAAAAAAAAGUUUAAAAAUAGUUUUAAAAUGCAAACUGUUUUAAAAUUUAAACAGAACUAGCCCUAGAUUUCAUUAUAUUAAUUAUCACUUAUCUAUUGAAAUAUUUUUUUCAUAAAAAUUUUUAUAUUAAAAUAAUUUUAGUUCGCUAACGGAGGGUAGGCUUUUAUUCAAAAAAUAUUGAUUUUCUAUGAUUUUGUUCGCUCAAUGAGGGGAGUAAGCAAAUAGAUAGAGAAAGAAAGCUAGAAAUAGCUGAGCUUAAAAAGCAAUUUCGAUAA